CACAUCCUCUUAUUCUUCCCAGAGGCAGCCUUGUUGAUAUUUUCAUUGUAUUGGUGUUAGCGUCUUGUGUCAUCGUCUCUUCAGUGUCUGGGGGGAACGGCUGGUGGGGGGGUGAUAAGCAGGUGAGGAUGAGCGCGGGUGGGAUCGAACACAUGACAUCGUGGGCAGCACGCAAGUAUGGCCGGUUGGUGCUGGCUAGUGGCCUGUCCACCUUCCUGAUGGUGAACCUAACUCUGCACGCAGGCGCCGGUCUCCACUACUACUGCAGCCACGAGUGCCUGGAGGACCUACUAGAGGGGCCUCUCCCAUCACUGGACAGGGACGCCAUCUUCCACAUUAGGAACUACUGGGUGGACCCGCCAGCACCACGGGGCGCCUACAAACCUUCCUUCCCCGUGGAGAAGCCUCCGUGGGGCACUAUGGGUAACUGGGGCGAGGCUUACAAAUUCAUCAACAAUUACUUCAGUAACUAUCAGCGGCCAGGCACUUUCCUUGAAAUCGGCGCACAGGACGGUGAGUUCAUGUCGCUUACUCUCUAUAUGGAGCAAGAGUUGGGGUUCCGUGGGCUGCUGGUGGAGCCCAAUCCGCGGGACUACAAGGCUCUGAGGGACAACCGCCGCUCCUCUGCCUCCAUCAAUGCCUGUGCCACACCCCGUGGAGGCCACCGCAAGGAUACCUUGUGGUUACGGCACAUACCAGACAACCUGCCCCCCUUGCUUCGCCGCCUGCAGGCUGGCAACAACAGACUCUACGAAUACGUGUCCGCUGAGGACCGUGACCUAGGGCAGACAGUGGAGGUGCAGUGCUUCAACGCGGGUGCCUUAGCAGUGGCCGGCCUGGGCACCAAGAGGAUAGACCUACUAGUGAUCUCCACACACGGUGGCGAGAUGGAUAUCCUCGACUCCAUUCCCCUUAGCGUGCACUUUAAAGUGGUGGUGGUGGUGGUGCCCCUGGCCACCAGCGAGGAGUGGGACCAGCUCAAGAGGAUGGCUGAACGGCGAGGAUUGACGCAAGUUUUUGACAAAUAUAACAUUCACAUCCUUCUUCCCAGCAAUGAAGUGAAGAUCGUCUGAGAUUUGAAACUUGUUGCCACCAUUGGUGUGUGCCUGUGUGUAAACCUUCUGCGGCUAAUGGUCUAUAUAAUGGGGAGUUUGGUUAACAAUUGUCACCAAGUGGCAGCACUACAUGCAUACCCUUCUCACACACAAGAUCAAUAUCAAAUACUCCUACAGUGUCAUUUUGUAUACAUGAAUCUACAAUGAGCUUAUAUAGUAUACUUAUCUACACAAUUCUUUCUAGUAGUAACACAGGUAAAAUCAAACAUUGUUCAUGAACAUUAGUAUUUAAGUUGAGUUUUGUAGCCAACUGGCAUUUAGAUUUAUUCCAUCAUCAUAAUUAUUAGAUGUCGCUGCUGAACGAUUAUAUAGACCAGGAAAAGCAGAAGGUUUACUGCUGGCAACUGGACUUAGGCAUAACGUCAAAGAUCUUAUGUGGGCUCCUGCGGCCUUGUUUGCUCUUGCCUCCCAAUACAUGUAUGUGUGAAUCCAUAUGUAUUUCAUGUAUUUAUAUUUCUAUAUGAAAAUAUUGUAACUUGUUUAAAUUAGUAAAAUGUUUCCCUUUU